CCCCGACUCAAACUGCACAAUCGAAAUUGGCUUGUCAGCCUUCCCACCGAUGAUGCUCCCUCGAAGGCCUACAAGUCUGUUCCCCUUGCCAGCGCUGAGUUCGCACAUCUUCAGUCGCAGUCUGCUGCUUUUUACUCUCGACUGGCGCAAAUGUUUGACAGCCAGUCGGUGUGCCAGCUGCCAGACUCCUAUCUCCGCCCCGCCUAUCUGAGCUUUGAAUGUCAGAGCUUUAAGCUCUGCCUGCACCGUCUCACAGCACUAGGUGGUACGCGCUUGAGCAGCCUCGGUUUAACUACGUUCCUGUCUAUCCUACAGGCAGCACAGUCCCUCUCCCAUGCUCUGUUCAUGUUUCGACUGGCGCUACCACUGUCUUAG